AUGUUUCUUUACACAUUACUGUUCCUCUGGGUCUUUAAAGCAAAAGGUGAGAAAGUUAACUGUCAAAUGAUUGGAAGCCCAGAGUACCCCGUGCUUUACAAGGAUGGGAAUGUUAUCAUUGGAGGAGCUUUUUCAAUUCACACCAAAAUUACACUACAGACACCAUCAUUUACCGAGAAACCACAACGUCUAACCUGCACCAGCCUGAACUUCAGAGAAUUCCAGUUUGUUCAAACUAUGCUGUUUGCUAUUGAUGAAAUAAACAAGAGCAGCCUCCUCCCUAAUAUUUCUAUUGGAUACAAAAUAUUUGAUAGCUGUGGCUCAACAUUAGCCUCUAUGAGAUCAGCAAUGGGUUUGAUAAAUGGUCAGCAUCAUACAGCACAAGAAAUCUGCUAUGGGCACUCAGCAGUACAAGCUAUCAUUGGAGAAUCAGAAUCAUCCUCAACCAUAGUGAUGUCAAGCUCAACUGGACCUUUCAUGAUUCCAGUGAUAAGUCAUUUUGCUACGUGUGCUUGCCUGAGCAACAGAAAACAGUAUCCCACUUUCUUUAGAACAAUUCCCAGUGAUUACUACCAAAGCAGAGCACUGGCUCAGCUAGUAAAAUAUUUUGGCUGGACGUGGGUAGGAACUGUAAGAAGUGACAAUGACUACGGCAACAAUGGUAUGGCCACAUUUAUGGAGGCAGUGGCAAAAGAGGGUGUAUGUGUUGAAUACUCUGUGGCCAUUCUCAGAACAAAUUCCAAAGAGAGCAUUGCUAAAGUUGUGGAAGUGAUCAAAAAAGGCACUGCUAAAGUUUUAGUAGCAUUUCUUGCCCAGAGUGAAAUGGAAGUACUGUUAGAGGAAGCCCUUGUUCAAAAUAUAACAGGGCUACAGUGGGUAGGCAGUGAGUCCUGGAUAACAGCCAGGUACUUGGCAACUAAAAGAACUUCAAACAUUUUAAGCAGCGCAAUAGGCUUCACUAUCAACAAGUCAAAAAUUCCAGGCUUGAAGGACUUCCUUCUUAAGGUCCAUCCUUCUCAGAGUCCCACAAAUGCCCUUCUGACUGAGUUCUGGGAAACAACAUUUGGAUGUCAGUUUUUUCCAGAAGCUGAGAAUGUGAAGCUUUGCACUGGAUAUGAGAAUCUCAAAGAGAUUAAUAACACAUUCACUGAUGUAUCAGAGCUAAGGAUAUCAAACAAUGUGUAUAAGGCAGUUUAUGCAAUAGCUUAUGCCCUGCAUAACACACUGGCUUGCCAAACUGAUGGCUACCUUGACAAUGUACUUUGCUCCCAAAAGGACAUAUUACUUCCAGGUGAGAUACUACACUCUUUACAGACUGUGAACUUCACAAUGCCCUCAGGUGAGCAAGUGUAUUUUAACAGUGAUGGAGACCCUACUGCGAGGUAUGAGUUGGUGAACUGGCAGAGGAAUGAGGCAGGGGAAGUAACCUUUGUUACAGUUGGUAACUACGAUGCCUCUCACCCAAGUGAUGAACAGUUCGUCAUGAAACCUGUCAAUAUAGUUUGGGCUGGAAACAGUAAUAUGAGUUUGUAUCAGAGGCCCAGAUCCAUGUGCAGUGAGAGCUGCCAGCCUGGCUACAGACAGGCCCAAAUCAAAGGAAGGCCACCCUGCUGCUUUGAAUGUGUACAGUGCCCUGUAGGUGAAAUCACCAACAUGACAGACUCUAUUGAAUGCAUCAGAUGUCCUUUGGAGUACUGGUCAAAUGAAAACCACAGCCUAUGUGUUCCGAAGAAAGUGGAAUUCCUGUCAUUUGAUGAAGACAUGGGAGUCAUUCUGACAGUGUUUUCAUUAACAGGAGUUUCUUUUACUGUAGCUGUAGGGAUGGUAUUUUUCUAUUUUAUAGACACACCCCUUGUAAAGGCAAGCAAUACCGAACUGAGCUUCCUGCUGCUCUUCUCUCUGACUCUGUGCUUUCUCUGUUCACUUACUUUCAUUGGUCAGCCCUCUAAGUGGUCCUGUAUGCUGCGCCACACAGCGUUUGGGAUCACCUUUGCUCUUUGCAUGUCCUGUGUUUUGGCAAGAACAAUAGCAGUAGUGAUGGCAUUCAAAGCCACAGUGCCAGCAAACAGCCCUCCUCAGUGUUCAGUGCCAGUACAGAGAAUGAGUGUUUUUUGUUGCACUCUCUUUCAAAUCAUUAUAUGUGCUCUGUGGUUAGGACUAGCACCUCCAGUGCCUCACAAAAACAUGGUUCACUCCACUGAUAAAAUAAUACUAGAAUGUGAUUUAGGUUCAGCUAUAGGUUUCUGGGCUGUGCUAGGUUAUAUAGGAGUCUUGGCUGCUUUGUGUUUUAUUUUGGCUUUUCUAGCACGGAAGUUGCCUGAUAACUUUAAUGAAGCCAAAUUCAUCACAUUCAGCAUGCUCAUAUUCUGUGCAGUUUGGAUCACCUUUAUUCCAGCUUAUGUCAGCUCUCCUGGAAAAGUCACUGUAGCUGUGGAGAUAUUUGCUAUACUGGCCUCCAGCUUUGGUUUACUGUUCUGUAUAUUUAGUCCAAAAUGUUAUAUUAUUAUGCUUAAGCCAGAACAUAAUACUAGAAAGCAUGUCAUGGGUAAAGCACAUGCAAGAUCACAAUGA